AAAUUCUGCUCCUUUUGUUUGAGUUCGCAAAACGUAAAAAUCGUGCAAAACGAACACUUAUCAAUAUAACAUCUAGUACUAAUAAAAGAAUUGAAUGUGGUAUGUAACGUUGUUGUACGGUAGAAAGUAGAAGAAAAACGCCGAAAUUAAACAUUUAUUGUGAGUCAGGAAAGUUAAGGACAUUAAUUUAUUAGAAUAAAUAGAGGAAUUAAUUGGGUUAUAUAUAUGGAUCGGAGUAUUUCAUAUGAAACUUCCUUAUGCGUUUGUCAAUCACAAUUCAUUGGAAAAUUGUUGGUGUAAUAUGUCCACUUGCAUAUAUUAAUCCCUUAUCUCUCUCUCCUAUUAUCCACCAGCACCCCACUCUUGUCUUUCUAUAUAUAGAUUUGUUUUGAACCACAUUAAACAUAUACUAAUACUUUUUUGCGGAUUGGUUUUCAAUCACAUUGCAUUUCUCUAUCCAACAUUCUUGCCUUCAGUCGAGGCUGCUGGUAGUAGACCCCAGUGGUUUCGAGGAGGAAUGGGAAUGACAUUUUCCUGUCCACUUGCUAAUUUGGAUGAUUUUGAUACUCAGUUGGAGUCUUAUUUAGGCAGAUCCGUUAGUUUCGAAGGUGAAAACGAAAAGAUUUUACGAUCCGUUAGUUUUAGUGACAAAGAUUCAGAAACAGCUGCUGCUAGGUUGAAAUCUUUAGGUUCUGGAAACAUGAUUCUUAAAGGGUCCCUUAGCUUUCAAGGCAACGAUUUGGAGGCCAAAAUCUCGUUAUCGAAUGCCGAAGAGAACACUAUGAUCAGAUCUUUCAGCUUUAGGGGCACAAAUUCACCUUCAGCACAAGACAAAACUACAAUUAUACCUCUGAUUGAUGGUUCUGAUGAUGAUGAUACAUUUAGACAUCAAGCAGCUUUACGGUUGCAGAAAACAUACAAAAGUUUUCGAACACGAAGGCAACUUGCAGAUUGUGCUGUCCUAGUGGAGCAAAGAUGGUGGAAGUUGUUAGAUUUUGCUGAGCUUAAACGUAGUUCUAUAUCCUUCUUCGAGAUUGAGAAACCUGAAACUGCUAUAUCCCGUUGGGCAAGAGCAAGAACCAGAGCUGCUAAGGUGGGGAAAGGCCUGUCCAAGGAUGAUAAAGCUCGUAAACUUGCUUUGCAGCAUUGGCUCGAGGCAAUUGACCCUAGACACCGUUACGGUCAUAACCUACAAUUUUAUUACAUCAACUGGCUCCAAUGUGACAGUAAGCAGCCAUUCUUCUACUGGCUAGACAUUGGGGAAGGUCGAGAAGUACAUUUAGAGAGAUGCCCUCGAUCAAAACUUCUACAGCAAUGCAUAAAAUAUCUCGGUCCAACAGAGAGAAGCGCAUACGAAGUUAUUGUAACGGAAGGAAAGUUGAUGUACAAGCAAAGUGGGAAUCUUCUGGAUACAAGAGAAGGAACAGAAGAUGCAAAAUGGAUAUUUGUUCUGAGUGUGUACAAGAUCUUAUACGUGGGGCAGAAGAAAAAGGGCACUUUUCAACAUUCGAGUUUCUUGGCUGGUGGUGCAACUUUAUCUGCUGGCCGUUUAGUUGUAGAAGAUGGUGUUCUUAAGGCUGUUUGGCCUCACAGCGGUCACUAUCUCCCGACAGAAGAGAACUUUGAGGAAUUUAUGGCGUUUCUUUUGGAACACAAUGUUGAUCUCGCUGCUGUUCAGAGAGCACCAGGUGGUAAUGAAGAAGAGGAAGUGAGCAUUGGGUUUAUUCGAAAUAGCAUCUCGGUACCAAAUCUGAGGAGCAACGAAGAAACGGAGAAGAAUGAGAAAUACUGUAAAACAGAAAACAUAGUAAUAUCAAGAUGGGCAAGGAGACUACACUCGAAAAUCGGACAGCUACAAAUCCCAGACAAGGACAGCACCAUCGUUGAGCUGUUCUUGACUCCAAAACCAGAUUCUCCUUUUCCGGAAAGUCCGUGCGAAGAUGGUUACGAAACAGCAGACGAGUACUUAUCAGACUCUGAAUUUUCAGUGUCGAAGCAGAAUCUGUUCGACCGAGAUCCAGAAGAAGAGUACGAGGAGCCAAUCCCGAAAGAGAAAAUCAUAAAGAGAAUAAACUCGCAUAAAGGGAUGAAGUCUUACCAGUUGGGGAACCAGCUGUCAUGCAGAUGGACAACGGGGGCGGGCCCACGUAUAGGGUGCAUGAGGGAUUAUCCGUCGGAGCUACAGAACAGGGUGCUUGAGGAGGUUAGUUUGUCUCCGAGAAGUGCGUUUUCAUCUCCGAGAAGAAGUUGUCUUAGGCCUACUACAAGUUCAAGGAGAGAGAGAAGCCCACUUGUUACAAAAUUUGACGGUGAAACUGUAAUAAACGAGCAGUGAUAGAUCGUUGCAAUUCUUCGUCGUUACUGUGCAAUUUCUUUAUUUUGUUGUGCUUCUUUGUGGUAGAUAGCUGGAUAGGUAUUUGUUAGGUUUUGAUUUUCUGUGUGUGUUUGUUUGCUCCAUGUGAUAAGGGGAUUCGAGAAUAUUUUGAAAUAUGCAGAAA